AUGGCAAAUUCUUACGAUCCUGAAGUUAUUAUAAAAUAUCCCGAUGAAAUCGAGACAGAAAAUUAUGUCGUUGACUUUUUUAACUCGCAUUUUAGAGAGUUGGAGGAUCUAGAAAAAUUAAACUUAGUCUUAGCCGAACUAAAAGAAAAUGAGCAUUCGCUGGACGAAAAGCGCAUCCAAACGCAAGAGAAAACUUCGAUAGUACUUCAGCAAUCUCUAGUUUCUUUUACUUCUACUAUAACUGAACUUGAAUCCUUACAAUCUACUCGAUUAGAGUUGGAAGAUGCCUUAACGGAUCAUUGCAAUGCUAUGGUUUCUCAAAAGAUAUUAAAUACUCAAGGAGUAGAAGAUUUACGGAAUGAAACGAUAAUGGAACAGUUGGUUACAUUACAGCAGCAGCUUGAUAGUUUGGAAAGAUCUAAACAAUAUCUUAAAGUUUUGGUGGUUAUAGAUGAAUUAAGUACAAAGGCAAAGCAAUUGGUUGAAAAAUCUCCGCAGAAAGCUCUUGUACCAUAUACACAACUUGCGCAUCUAGCUCGUAAGAUCAAAACUAGUAGCAAGGAAGCAGGUCAUGCAGUUAGUCAUUUAGAUAUAUACUUGCAACGAUGUGUUGAUGCGUUAUGGGAAGACAUGAAAAGUAGAUUAACAAAAAAAUUUCAACACACACUUAAUGCACUUAAUUGGCCAACACCAAUUAAAGUUCCUUAUACGUCAAACACGACAGACAAAUUAUCCACAUUUAGAAAAGCAUUCACUGAAUUAUUGUUAUUACAACAACCGGUUGAAGAUGAUGAAGUACCAGAACCUUUAGAAUCUAAAAAUCCUAAAGAUGAUAAUGAGUCCCUUCCACCUCUUUUGCCAAUACAGAUAAUGGUUGAACCAUUAAUGGUUCGGUUCAGAUAUCAUUUUGAUUCAAAAAGACCUACCAACAGAAUCGAUAAGCCUGAGUGGUAUUUUAGUCAUGUUAUCACUACUAUACGCGAACAUUUACCAUUCUUGUCUGGAGCGGUACAAUCGAUCGUUGAUGAUGCAGGCUUUGAGAAAUAUCACGCAAAAAAUGAGUUUAUCCGGUGUCUGCUUGUAGCUGUUACAAGAAAAUUAAAUAACAGUGUGCCAAAAUUAUUGAAUUCUCCACAAGUGUUUUCUCACACUGUAUUUGAAACAUUGCAAUUUGAUCAAACUUUACGUGAAUUACACAUGUAUACACCUUCCGGGCAAAAAGAGUGGAAGGGAUGCGUUGAAGUUUUUGUUGGGAAGAAAGAAUGGUUUAAGGCAUGGUUAAAGGUUGAAAAAGACUUCGCGGAGGAACGAUAUAAUGAGAUUAUGCAUUCGGAAGAUGCUUGGGAAAUCGUCGAUGAGGAAAACCCAGAUGAUGAAUAUAAGCCGACUAAAUCAGCAGCAAAGUUAAUUAACCUUUUAGAGCUUGUAACUAAUCGUUAUAAAUUAUUGCCGAUGUUUUAUAAUCGGAUUCGUUUUCUAGUUGAUAUUCAAGCUGAAAUAUUAUUGAUCUAUGCUAAAAGGAUUAUCUCUGCUGUUGACGCUUUCGAAAAUUUGAGUUAUUCGUUUGUAAGGGCUGUUCCAAAUACAGACGGGAAAUCCAUUACAGGAAUUGAAGGAUUGAAAAGACUAUGUAGGUGGCUAAAUAGUGCGGGUUUCGUCAGUAGAACGAUCAAAGAAUGGGUUACUGUUCGCGCUGCACGUAAUACAGGCGUAUCACCAUUACCAUCUCCGACAUCGACAUCGUCUAUCAAUUCUACAGAACAGGGUCAAAGAGCGUCUUCAGCUCAUGUAGACGAGGAAAUUACUGUUGACGAAGGAACAGUUUUCGAUGACCCAGCUGAACUAUUCGAUAAUGUUUGCGAACGAAUUCAAUCAUUAAUAGUGAAAAAUGUUUCCAGAGAAUUUUUAAAUGGAUUAAAAACAUAUAGCAAAAAAAAUAAUUGGUCAAGAUCCGAGAUAUACGGUUAUGAUUCAACUGAGCUUACAACUGAACAAAUACAUAAAUUGAAUAAUCAAUCAAAAGAUAUUAUAUCACGCUCAAUUAUUGAGCUAUCACCUGAGCUUUAUAUGCCAUUAUCGGAUCUUGCACAUUCACUUACAUUCUUAUCAAAUAAUUUACCCGAUCGUAUAUUUAAACAUAUAUACAAAGACGUAUCAAAGGAAUUGGAAGAUCAUUUAUGGGACCGUAUCUUGAUGAGAAACCAAUUCUCUGAAAUGGGCGGAUGGCAGUUUGAAAUAGAUAUGGAAAAAGGAUUAUUUACCAUUGGUAAAAGAUGGAUUCGAAAGCCUGAAAGUUACUUUAGAAGGUUGAGAGACGCUUGUAUUUUGCUCACUCUUCCCGCAAAUCAAUCUCCGUUAGAAAGUGAGUGCAAUAACAAAAAGCCAAAACAAAAGACCUUAUCUCAAGUAAUUUCCGUAUUAUUUGAUGAUGAAUUAGAACAGACAACGGUAUCGAGAAUGUUGGAAAAUUUAGGAGUGUAUCAUUUAACAUCCAAAGAAGCAAAAAAUGUUAUUGGAAGGAGAGUAGAUUGUUGGAAAUAA